AUGCAGCUGCCUCCGCCCGCGAGCAGCUUCCCGCCCUGGGCGCCGCGCGACUUUUUCCGCUUCGAGGUGCUGCACACCUCGCGCAAGCCCGGCUCGCGGGCGCGCGUCGGCCGGAUCCACACUCCGCACGGCGUGAUCGAGACGCCCUGCUUUGUGCCGGUGGGGACGAACGGGGCGCUCAAGGCGGUGGACGAGCGGCAGGGUCGCGAGGCGGGGACGCAGCUCAUGUUUUGCAACACCUACCACUUGCUCGUCCACCCCGGCCCGCGCGUGGUUGCUGGCGCGGGCGGGCUGCACCGCUUCAUGAACCACGAGGGCCCAAUUAUCACCGACUCGGGCGGCUUCCAGGUCUUCUCGCUCGGAGAGACGACGGAGGACGAUCGCGGCGCCGUCUUCCGCUCGUACCACGACGGCACCACCAUCGAGCCGACGCCAUGCCGACCUUCGUCGGUGGCGACGCAGAAGCAGCUCGCGUCGGACAUCAUCAUCCCGCUCGACGAGCUGCCGCCGCACGGCAUGUCGCGCGAGCGGCUGCACGCGUCCGUCCGCCUCUCGCACCGCUGGAUGGCGCGCUCGCUCCGCGCGCACCUCGCCGAGCCGCGCCAGCAGGCCAUGUACGGGGUGGUGCACGGCGGCACGGACGAGGAGCUGCGGCGCGAGUCGGCAGAGUACCUCGCCACGCUCCCUUUCGACGGCUUCGCGAUCGGCGGCUCGCUCGGCGCCGACCGCGCCGAGAUGCUCCAGCUGCUCCGCUUCCUCGUCCCGCUGCUGCCGGCCGACAAGCCGAACCACCUGCUCGGGAUCGCCGACCCGGAGUCGAGCGCGGCGGUGGUGCCGCUCGGGAUCGACACGAUGGACUCGUGCAACCCGACCCGCAUCGCGAGGCACGGCACGCUGCUCUGCACCGGCGGCGAGCUCAAGAUCAAGCAGAGCCGCUUCCUCGACGACCACGGCCCGAUCGACCCCGCCGUCGAGACGAUCAGCCACUCGCGCGCCUACCUGCACCACCUCUUCAAGCAGCACGAGCCGCUCUACAUGACCCUCGCCUCGCAGCACAACCUCAUCUUCAUGCACAAGCUGCUCGCCGACAUGCGACAGAAGAUCCUCAACGACGAGCUGUGA